AUAAGCCAACAAUAAAUAGAACUAAAAGUGGACUUCAUUAAUUAUCAAAACCUUGGAAUACAGCGCCGACAAGAUACUAUGGAGGGUCUAAGACAUAGGGUGUUCACCACCACCACCACCACUGCACCUCCUCUUCACACCGUUAGACCCAUGCCCCAAACACUCUUCAACCGUUUAUUUUCUCCAACUUACUCUUGUGCCAUCCUCAUUUUGCUCUAUCACCAUGCAGCAAACCUUCUCUUCUCCACAACCCUCAUUUCUUUCUCUAUAAUCCUCAUCUUGCUAGUCUCCGAUCUAGUUCUUGCCUUCAUGUGGAUCAACACUCAGGUUCUUCGCAUGUAUCCAGUUUGUCGCGAGCAAUUCCCCGAAAACCUCAAACAAGUAAUGAAGCGAAGCGAAUAUCCUGGACUGGACGUGUUCAUAUGCACUGCAGAUCCGUAUAAAGAGCCACCAAUAAGUGCAGUAAACACUGCUUUAUCAGUAAUGGCUUAUGAUUAUCCAAGGGAGAAGAUUUCUGUUUACGUUUCGGAUGAUGGUGGCUCUGCUUUGACUUUUUUUGCUUUAAUGGAAGCAGCUAAGUUUGCUACCUACUGGUUGCCAUUUUGUGAGAAGAAUAAUAUUGUAGAGAGGAGUCCUGAGGCAUAUUUUGAAUCGAAACAAACUUGUUUUUCAUCAGAGAUAGAGAAGCUUAAGAUAAUGUAUGAAAGCAUGAAAAUCAAAAUAGAGCACGUUCUUGAUAGAGGAAGAGUUGAUGAUGAAUAUAUAAAUGGAGACCGAGAGCGUGAAGCCUUCAACAAAUGGACCCAUAAAUUCACACGUCAAGACCAUCCCACUAUCAUUCAGGUCCUUUUAGACUCAAGCAAAGACAAAGACAUCAGUGACAAUCAGAUGCCCAAUCUAAUCUAUCUCUCUAGACAGAAAAGCAAGAAUUAUCCUCACCACUUUAAAGCUGGUGCUCUCAAUACUUUGCUAAGGGUAUCAGCUGCCAUGACCAAUUCGCCAAUAGUGUUGACCUUAGAUUGUGACAUGUACUCUAAUGAUCCACAAACGCCAUUGCGUGCACUUUGUUACUUAUGCGACCCUGAAUACGUUUCCAAAUUAGGGUAUGUCCAAUUUCCUCAAAGAUUUCAUGGAAUCAACAAAUAUGACAUGUAUGCUUGUGCAUAUAAACGUCUGUAUGAGGUACAGCCAAUGGGAUUUGAUGGCCUGAUGGGCCCCAAUUAUCUUGGAAGUGGUUGUUUUUUUCCACGUAGAUCUUUAUUUGGUGAUCCUUCAAUUCUAGUGCCACCAGAAAUCCCUGAGCUAAGGCCGGACCAUGUAGCGGACAAAACCCUUCAGUCCGAAUCAGUUUUGGCACUUGCUCAUCAAGUUGCAACAUGUGAUUAUGAAGAACAGACCAUGUGGGGCUCCAAGAUAGGAUUUAGGUAUGGAUCAUUAUCCGAGGACUUCUUGACGGGUUUGCGGAUGAAUUGUGAAGGGUGGAAAUCUAUAUUUUGUCAUCCUAAAAGGGCAGCGUUUUUGGGUGAUGCCCCACUCACCUUGAUUGAUCUAUUAAGCCAACAAAAGAGAUGGACAAUUGGGGUUCUUCAGGUUGGAUUUAGUAGAUAUAGCCCAAUAACCUUUGGUGUUAAGCAUAUGGGUCCUCUGAUGGGUUUAGGUUAUGCACAGUCCACGUUUUGGGCAAGUUGGUCAAUCCCAAUCAUCGCAUAUGCUUUCCUUCCUCAGCUAGCCCUUUUUAACAAAGUUUAUAUAUUUCCAAAGGCAUCAGAGCUUCCAUGGUCUCUUCUAUAUGUGUUUCUAUUUCUUGGUGCCUACGGACAGGAUUUCCUCGACUUUAUCUUGGUAGGUGGUUCAGCCAAAUCUUGGUGGAAUGAUCAAAGGAUUUGGCACAUAAGGGGACUGUCAUGUUACAUAUUUGGUUCGAUAGAAUUCUGGCUUACAACUUUAGGAUUUUCAAGAUUUGGGUUCAAUGUGACAAGCAAAAUAGUUGAUAAUGAACUAAGCAAAAGAUAUGACCAAGGGAUCUUUGAGUUUGGGGUUCAUUCACCUAUGUUUGUUACCCUAACAAUGGCAGCAUUAACUAAUUUGAUUGCAUUAGUCAAAGGUCUGGCUGAUGUUUGUAGAGGAAGCAAUUUGGAAGGAUCACUUCUGCAGAUGCUUAUUACAAGUUUUGGCGUGCUGAAUUCUUGGCCAAUUUAUGAAGCCAUAUUCUUGAGAAGUGAUAAAGGGACAAUGCCUAUUAAAACUACUCUUAUGGCAAUGUUUUUUGUUUUUUGGUUGUACUUGGCUGCUUAUUUCAUACUCAAGUGAAAAGAAAAAGAAAUAAGCUUGAUGGAGAUUAUAUUUUCUUUGUAAAAAAAUAAUAAUAAAUGCCAAACCUUGUAAUACCAAAGAAGUUUGUAUUUAAGGUAGGCCCCAUUGCUAUA